AUGACACACUUGAUUGAUCUUGCCGAGCUACAGCUCGCAAGGGAGCUCAAAACCUUCAUUCUCGCGGAUGUGCGUGCUCUCUACGGCCCUACGCACGGCAGCCUGUACCAAGGCGACUUCGACAUCCUCACCGCUGGCCGCACAUCUUACCUCGGUGGCGUCCGCUACGACUACCUUACCGCGCAAGCGAUCGUAUACAAGAAACCCGAUUCGCCCUCACAAUGGAAACUCUUAGUGGCAGGACCUGAAAGUGGCACUGUUUCGGGAGCACUGAAAGCCUUAUGGACAGAGGUUCAAGCAAAGAGUCAGAACAUAACAGGGCCGUUACAGCCGGGAGAGAGCUAUAAGGGUUCGAAGAACCUAUGA